AUGACAAGCAUCAUGGAUACAAUCUUAUAUAAGGCUGCAAUGGAAGGAGAUUGUUGGGUCCUUCGGAAAAAUGCUGAUCAACUUCAAGUCCAACGGACCCCUAACAACAACACAAUCCUCCAUGUUGCAGCUCAGUUUGGCAAAACAGAGGGUGUGAAAAGUAUCCUGAAGGAGUGCGGCCGGUCAUUGCUUUUUGUACUGAAUGUCACAUGUGAGACUGCACUCCACAUUUCAGCAAGGGAAGGUCACACCGACACAGUACUAGCGCUCAUUCACUAUGCCGAAGCAGUGGGCGAGGACCUCGAAAGUGAGACUAAAGGUGCCAAGGAGAUGAUGAGGAUGAGAAAUGUGGAGGGUGAGACCGCCUUGUACGAGGCUGUCCGAAAUAAUCAUCUUGAUGUGGUUGAUAUUUUGACCAAAGAAGAUCCAGAAUUUGUACAUCCACCCAAUAAUGCCGAGCAGACUCCACUUUACCUAACUGCCGAGAGACGUAAUCGAGCUAUUGUGUCUAAAAUUUUGGAAAAUUGCAUUUCACCAGCUUACAUUGGCCCAAAUGGACGAACAGCUUUACACGCCGCAACAAUUUUUUAUGACCAAGAAUGCAUAAAAAGUUUACACACCUGGAACUCAUCACUAGUCAAGGAAGCAAAUGUAUAUGGAUGGAGACCACUCCACUAUGCUGCAUGGCAUGGCAAUUUAUUGGCAGCUAAACAACUACUUGACUUGGAUAAAUCCGUGGCAUACAUUGUUGCAGACAAGGAUGACAACAAGACGGCUCUUCAUAUAGCAGCUAGUCAGGGUCAUGUACGUGUCAUGAACGAACUAUAUACUCGUUGUCCAGAUUGCUAUGAAAUGACCAACAGUAGAGGCCAAAAUAUCCUUCACAUUGCAGUGGAGCAUGAGCAAAAGAAGGUAAUCGAACAUAUCUUAGCAAAUCCCUUUUCCAACAGCCUCAUAAAUCAGAAAGACAAUGGUGGAAACACACCUCUUCAUUUGCUUUGUGCUCAAUCCGCUAAUCACAAGUACCAUCUCAAAGAUAACUCUAGAGCGGCCUACAACCAGAAAAAUUUGACUGCACUGGAAGUAGUAUAUGGUGACAUGUAUCCAGACCAGCAAAUUUUUCUAUUCAGUACUGCUGUUUUCAAAUUGAUCAAAGAAGAAAAACGCAGGUACCAGAGGUAUGUUGCCGAGACAAAUUCAAACUACGCAGAAGAAACGACGACCCUAAUACCAUUGAGAAAGUUUAUUAGCAAAAUUUCGGACAACAAUUUGGUAGUAGCUGGACUUAUAGCAGCCGCAACCUUUGCAGCUGGUUUUGCCCUACCCGGUGGCUAUGAUGGCAAUGAUGGGGCAAAUCAAGGUAUGGCAGUUUUAAUAAGAAAAACAGCUUUCAAAGUAUUUGUUGUGGCGGAUACUAUUGCCAUGAUCUUGUCCAUUAAAGCUGUAAUUACCCACAUAUCUGCUUCCACUUAUGAAGAUGAAGAUAAGCGUGGUAAGGGCUAUAGCAAUGCACUUGCAACCAUUAUAUGUGCUAUUGGAGCAAUGGUGGUCGCAUUUAUGACCGGCCUUUAUGUUGUGUUGGGAGAUUCAUUGGUGCUCGCUAUCAGCGUAAUCGUCAUUUGUUGCCUCUUUCUUGUAAAUGCUUUAAGUUGGUUCAUAGAAGCAUACCUUGCGGUAGCUGUUAAGUUUAAAAAUGACGUAAGGAGGUUUACACGCAACACCAUCGACUUUUUUCUUUGGGGAGGGCGCGAAACUAUCCGCUAUUUUGUUAACGGAGUAGCCAUCCUUAUCGGCUUUGCAAUAGUGGUUGCCUUCUUUUGCGGCUAUGGAUAUCUUAUUUACAGGAAAAUAUUAUCUAUAAUUAAGAUUUUCCAAUUUCAGGUUCUAUAG